AUGGCGAAAGCAAAGAUGAGCGGAGACGUGAUCGGAAUCGACCUGGGGACCACCUUCUCCUGCGUCGCCGUAGCCCGCGACGACAAGAUCGAGAUCAUCGCCAACGACCAAGGAAACCGAAUCACCCCUUCCUUCGUCGCCUUCUCCGCCGCGAAUUCCGAGCGGCUCAUCGGCGAGGGCGCGAGAAACCAGGCGGCGCUCAACCCUCGCCGCACAAUCUUCGACGCCAAGCGCCUCAUCGGGAAGAAGUUCGACGACCCGGAGGUCCAGCACGACUUGAAGUACCUGCCGUACCCGGUGGUCAACCGGGAGGGAAAGCCGUACGUGGAGAUAGAAGUCAAAGCCGGCGGCGGCGGCGGCGGAGGAGGAGGAGGGGAGGUCAGGGCGUUCAGCCCGGAGGAGAUCAGCGCGAUGAUACUGGGGAAGAUGAAGGAGACCGCGGAAGCUUAUUUAGGGAAGCCGGUGAGCGGCGCCGUGGUUACGGUCCCGGCUUACUUCAACGACGCGCAGAGGAAGGCGACCAAGGACGCCGGCACGAUCGCCGGGCUCAACGUCCUCCGCAUCAUCAACGAGCCCACCGCCGGGGCUCUGGCCUACGGUUUGAGCCACAGAAUGGGUAACAAGAAGCGGAAAAUUCUGGUGUACGACCUGGGCGGCGGGACGUUCGACGUCAGCGUGCUGGAGAUCGAGGACGGCGUGUUCGAGGUGCUGGCGACCGGCGGGGACACUCAUCUGGGCGGGGGAGAUUUCGACCAGAGAAUCAUGGAGUAUUUCAUCAAGCUGAUCAAGAGGAAAUACGGGAAAGAUGUGAGCGGGGAUGGCAAGGCGCUGGGGAAGCUGAGGAAGGAGUGCGAGAGGGCGAAGAGGGCGCUGAGCAACCAGAGCCAAGUGAUGCUGGCGAUCGACUCCUUCAUCCAGGGUGCGGAUUUCUCGGAGCCACUGACCAAGGCGCGGUUCGAGGAGUUGAACCUGGACCUGUUCAGGAAGACCCUGGCCGUCGUGAAGACGACGCUGGAGGACGCGAAGCUGGAGAAGAGCGAGAUCGAGGAGAUCGUGCUGGUGGGAGGGAGCACCCGGAUCCCGAGGCUGAGGGAGAUGCUGAAGGAGAUGUUCGACGGGAAGGAGCCGAGCAAAGGGGUGAACCCCGACGAGGCCGUGGCUUAUGGUGCUGCCGUGCUGGGAGCCAACAUUAGCGGCCAAGCUGAUUCUCGAUAUGGUGUUACAUUGUUUGAUGUGACUCCUUUGAGUUUGGGAGUUGAGGUGACUGGAGGCCUGAUGUCUGUGGUUGUUCCAAGGAAUACUCCCAUUCCAGCAAAGAUGUCAGGGGAAUAUUACACUAUAGAGGACCAGCAAACCGCUGUUACUAUAAAGGUGUAUCAAGGUGAAAGACCUCUGACCAAGGAUUGCAUUGAGCUCGGAAGAUUUGUUCUGUCUGGCAUUACCCCAGCUCCAAGGGGAGUUGCAAAGCUAGAGGAGACAUUCGAGAUCGACGAGGACGGAAUCCUGAGGAUCACAGCGAGGGAGAAGGUCUCGUCGUCGCGAUCCGAAUCCCUGACCAUCACCAACUACAAAGGGGACCUGACGCAGCGGGAGAUCGAGAGAAUGAUCAAGGAAGCGGCGAAGAUGGCCGAGGAAGACAGGGCAGCCAAGGCCCGCGUCGACGCCAGGAACCAGCUCGAGCGUUACAUCUACGACGUCAAGAACGCCAUAAGCAGAACUGGGGGCAGCUCUAGCAGCAGUAGCAGUGAUGGAGACGACGGUAAGCAGAAGCAGCAGCAGCAGCAUGUGUUGUUGCGCGACAAGAUGGGUUGGUACGAGAAGAGAACGGUGGAGAGCGCCGUCGGGGAUGCUUCGCGGUGGUUGGAGGAGAACCCUGAUGCUACCAAGGAAGAGUACGAGAAGAAGCUGAAGAAGUUGAGGGAUAUUUGGAACCCUAUUCUCAACAAACUCAACGGUAAUAAUGCAUAG